CACACUAAAAUCUUCCAUUGGUAGAACCAAGCAGGUGACAUCUGGACUUCCAUUCCUUCUUCCCCCUCUUUUUUUCUUUUCACAAGAUAUUCUCAUAGAUACUGUGCUGGGAAGCCUCUUUCCUGAAAAAGGCGAGCUCUUGGCUGUGAUAUUGUAUUGCAGUCAUGGCGCCUAAGAAGAAGAAUGUCAAAAAGAACAAGACAGAUAUCAAUGAAUUAACCAUCAUAGUGGAGGAUGGGCCACUAAGCAAGCUCAAUGGAUUGAAUACCCUCCUAGAAGGAGGCAACGGCUUCAGUUGUGUUUCCACAGAAGUUUCUGAUGCUUUCUAUAGUCCCAACCUCUUGGAAGGUUUGUGCAGGAUGAGGAUGGAAAAUUUUCUCUGUGAUUUAAUAAUUGGUACCAAAACCAAGUCCUUUGAUGUUCACAAGGUGGUGAUGGCAUCAUGCAGUGAUUACUUCCAUAGCAUCCUAAAGAAAGAUCCAUCAACUCAAAGAGUGGACCUCAAUGACGUAUCCCCACUGGGCCUAGCCACUGUGAUUGCAUACGCCUAUACUGGAAAACUUACACUAUCCCUGUAUACUAUAGGUAGUAUCAUCUCCACAGCCAUUUAUCUUCAGAUACAUACCCUUGUGAAGAUGUGUAGUGACUUUCUCAUGCAAGAAAUCAAUGUAGAAAAUUGUAUGUAUGUUGCCAACAUUGCAGAGACAUAUGGACUGAAAACUGCUAAGGAAGCAUCACAGAAAUUCAUUAGAGACAACUUCAUUGAGUUUUCUGAAUCAGAUCAUUUCUUAAAGCUGACUUUUGAACAGAUCAACGAACUUCUUGCAGAUGAUGACUUGCAGUUGCCUUCUGAACUUAUUGCAUUCCAGAUUGCAAUGAGAUGGCUGGAAUUUGACCAAAAAAGAACUAAGUAUGCUGCAGAUCUUUUGAGCAACAUUCGGUUUGGCACCAUCUCUGCCCAGGACCUGGUGAAUUAUGUUCAGACUGUACCAAGAAUGAUGCUAGAUACGGAUUGCCACAGACUUCUGGUAGAUGCCAUGAAUUACCACUUACUUCCUUACCACCAGAAUACUCUGCAGUCAAGAAGAACCAGGAUUCGAGGAGGAUUACGAGUCCUAGUUACAGUCGGGGGACGUCCAGCUUUAACAGAAAAAUCCCUUAGCAGAGACAUUUUAUACCGAGAUCCUGACAAUGGGUGGAAAAGGCUUACAGAGAUGCCUGCCAAAAGCUUUAACCAGUGUGUCACCGUGAUGGAUGGAUUUCUCUAUGUAGCAGGUGGUGAAGACCAGAAUGAUGCCAGAAAUCAGGCAAAGCAUGCAGUCAGCAAUUUUUGCAGGUACGAUCCUCGCUUCAGCACUUGGAUACAUCUGGCCAAUAUGAAUCAAAAGCGCACUCAUUUUAGUCUGAAUGUGUUCAACGGUCUCCUUUUUGCAGUCGGGGGUCGCAAUUCAGAAGGGUGUCUCUCUUCGGUUGAAUGUUAUGUCCCUACAAUUAACCAGUGGCAGCUGAAGACUCCACUGGAGAUGCCCAGGUGCUGCCAUGCUAGUGCAGUAGUAGAUGGUAGGAUCUUGGUCACAGGAGGCUACAUCAAUAAUGCUUACUCCCACUCAGUUUGCAUGUAUGACCCUACUAGUGACAGCUGGCAAGACAAGGCCAGCCUUAGCACCCCGAGAGGAUGGCACUGUGCCAUUACCCUAGGGGAAAAGGUCUACGUGAUGGGAGGAUCCCAACUAGGAGGCAGAGGGGAAAGAGUUGAUGUGCUUCCUGUUGAAUGCUAUAGUCCAUAUUCUGGCCAGUGGAAUUAUGUUGCUCCUCUUCCCACUGGUGUGAGCACUGCUGGUGCUUCUAAUCUUAAUGGAAGAAUUUACUUAGUGGGAGGCUGGAAUGAAAUAGAAAAGAAAUACAAGAAAUGUAUUCAGUGUUAUAACCCUGACCUUAAUGAAUGGACCGAUGAAGAUGAGCUACCUGAAGCCACCGUAGGAGUGUCAUGCUGCACUAUUGCCAUGCCCAACACUAAGACCAGGGAAUCGAGAUCUAGCUCAGUAUCUUCAGUACCAGUUAGUAUUUAAGUUCUUUUUUUAAUUAACACCCCCCAUGAAUUUAAAAAGCUAUUCUAAAUUUUUAAAAUAUUUCUUUCCCACUACUGGGUUGUAACCCCUUUGAAGAAGUGUCCCUAUCAAAAGGAUUGAAGAGAAAAACAUUAAACACUGUUCGCAUGGAUUUCAGCUUUAUAAAAUGAAAAGUGGCCAAUUUCCAUGGGAUUGAAAACACAUGGUAUGACCAAAGAAAUUCAAAUCUAAUACAUUUUAUGUAGUACAAAUGUGCACCAUAAGACAAAGGCCUCUGAUCCAAUGAUCAUAACAGAGCAAAGUUCCUUACUUCCUUUGGGACCUCUUGUUCAGAUUCUGCAAUCGAUUUAGAAAAAACAUGUUUCCAAGCAGAUGGCUCAAAGCAUGGCUGAUUAGAAGGCACCGUUCAGUUAAGUUUUCCUCCAGAGGGGCAAAGGUAAAAGAUGGAGCAAUAUAUCAGAACUACAAAUGGAAGGCUAACGUUUCUAAAAUCCAUGGGCAUCUGUAGUUGGGAGCAGAUGACAUCAUGCUCAUCAUAUUAUCAUAGAACAAAGGACAUGAAUUAUAUAAUUUGCAUCAAAGACACAACUGACGUCAAUUACAGAAUUCACAUUAUUCGCAUGUUGACACCAGUGAUGUCAUUCUGGCUUCUUACAGACAUCUCUAUUGGAAUCCUCUGCAAUCUUCUAUGAAUGAAACAAAAUAAUGAGAUUUAUCUGGAAGCAAUUAUUAUUUUAAAUAAGGAUUUAUUCCUAGAAUGCAGUGCUUUGCUUUACUAUUGUUUACUGAAUAAAUCAUAAUUGGCUGAGCUACAGUCAGCUAAAUCAUUGCUUACAAAGGUUAGUGGCUCAAUUCCCAUGACAUGCUAAAUCACAGGCAAAUCACAUAUACCAAGUUAUAUGAAUCCACCUAUAAGCUAUAAGAAGGCAUGAAAAUAGAUUUCUCUAUAAAUAUGAGAAAUAUAGAUACAAGUAAAAUCUAAAACUAUAUCAUAUUUCUGCAGCGCCUGGGACCAUGUCAACAUUUCAGUAAAAUGUUUACAUGAAACAAUAAAUUUUACCCCGUGGUUAGGCUUAUGAAACUGUGGUUAUGCUAACCCAAGGUCUGCACAAAGUCAGAUGAUAUAUCAACUGAAUUUGGAAUGGGCGGAAUUUAGCUUAAGGUUUAAUUUGCUUCCUUCCUAAACAGAAAGCAGGAAUAGAUGCAGAGUGCAGCUGCUUUAACCAGGGACCUCACACAGUUUCUUCAAUACAUGAAUGUUGUAUGGAAUAAAAUAAAGAUGCCAGAGAAAAGGUGGUGGCUUAGCUUUCCUUCACUCUAGAUAAAUAAGUCCAAUCCAUCACUUUAAAAAAAUGAACACAACACACACACACACACACACACACACACACACACACAAACAUCAGGAAAUGUCAGCCAGGAAGUUCACAGCUAAGAUGGCAGGGAUACUUGAUGACAUAGCAUCAAGAUUUCCUCAUGGUACUCAAUAUCAUCUGGCAUGGCAUAUAUAUGGUUAGCCCCAAGUGGUUAGAAAGUUACAGUAAAGAAAUAGUACAUUAGAUUUCAUACAUUGCACUAAAAACCAUUAUGUAUUUAGUUCUGUCUUAUCAAGUUCUACAAAUCCAGCCGACUGUGCUUUAUUCAAUAAACCAUAAAUUCCAAAACAGCCAUCUAUGCAAAACACAGUGUGUGAGGACUGUCAUGUAAGCAUGUGCCUCAAGAAGUCUUUCCCUCCAUUUUGUUCUUUAUAUAUCUUGUACUCCCAGCCCAAUUCAUUUCCAAAAACAUUUACAACUCUUUGGAAAGGUGUCUGAGGAUGCAUUAAAAUGCAUGAGUUGCCUUCCACCAUUUUACAAAGAAAAGCCAUUCUGCUCAUGAAAGGUCUUAAAUGUGCCCUAUCCAAAAUUUCUGCUGACCUUAAUAUUUCUGGAUUGUAUUUUGAUAGUUUCAUUUCUCUAAUGCCUCUUUAAAAAUAAGCACCACUGGGCUUAAGGGAACUUCUUUUUAAACAAGCAUACAUAAAAUUGCAGCUUUGAUUGAGUUUAAUGGUCUUUAUUUCCAGGUAAGUGUGCACUUAAAUUUGUCUUGAUCAUACCAUGUAAGAAGAUUUUUUUAAUGGCAAACAAUUGCUUUAUAUUUGAUCCACAACAAAAACAAUCAUUGUCCUCCUUAUCAUAGUCUAACAUAAUGGUUCUCAAUCUGUGGUCCGCAGAUGUUUUAUUAUUUAAAUCUUGAGUUAAGUCUUGGGGGUCCAUGGCCAUGGUAUGUGACUAUAAAAUGUAUUUAAAAGAGUCAGUAGUGAAGAAAAGGUUGAGAACCACAGUCUAAUAUAUUUCUCUAAUGAUUUACCACAAGUAAGUUGAAAUUUGGAAAAUUAUUUGGUCCAAUAAGUUAAUAGCAUUGUUUAGAAUAUCUGACAGGGAUCCAAAAUCUUCAUGUUAAUUUUCCAAUGCUUUCACUUGAAUUGCUUACAUAACAUGGUAUGGAAGAAGAAGAAUGAAGAUGCAACUAAAUUAGUCUGAAAGGUGUGCAGUUACUGCUGUUGUAUGAUACUUGAAUGGCCCUGUCAGUGUGUGUUUGUCAAAGUUUAAACCAAUAAUGUAAAAAUAGGAACAAUUUCUAUUUCUUUAUGAGCUGCAAAAGCAAAAUAACCCAAGUUGUUUGGGACUUUGUUUAUUUAUAUUUGUGGGCAGGGAAUGGGUGGGAAGUAACAAGAUAUACCAGAAGUUCAUAUACCUGGAUAUGCACAAAUGUUCUCAGUCCUAAGUAAAACAAAAAGCACAGAUGUUGCUAGACUAGACACUUGAUCUGAACUGACUCCAGCAAGGUACCACUUAACGAAGCAAUAAUCCCAGAGUUAGCAGGUAUCUUCUAUGGCCCUACCAUUCCUGAUGUCACUGGCCAGAACUAGUUUUUUCAAAGUCUAAUUAGAGCUGGGGCACACCAUAUUUUGUGAAUAAUUGCAAUGACACCUGCCUAGAACUCCCAAGUGAUGUACCACUGAUAUCCUUUGAUAGUAAGAUAAAUCACCACAUUUAAGGAAGAAACAAUUACACGAAGGAGUAACUCUCUACCCCACAUAGGAAAGCAUACUGAGCAUACUAGCACCAUGCAAUAGGAUAACAAGCUAGAGGCUUGCUUCAUAUCAUACAUCUGACAAGAAUAUUUAUGAUCGAUAUAUAUUAUAUCUUAUGUAUGUGCCCUUUUUAUUGUGAUUUGAUCAGGGGGUUGUAAAACAAAAAGUUUACCAACUGCUCCUGAUUAAUGUAGUGUAUAUGUACAGGUCCUACAAUCGUGAUCCCCCUUACCCACCCCAUUUUGAAGAAUAACAGUAACCUAUUUUUUCAAUGCAUAAUAUUCUCUUUCUCAAUAUUAUAUGGAACACCAACGGGAAAGGGUCGAGUCUCCAGAUUUUGCAUUACUCAGCUCUCUUGAAUACAUGCACAAGAUUCUCAGUAUGAAAAUUAGGAGUAAUAAAACAAAGAAGAGAAUAGAUUUUAUAUACUUUAGUCUUACAUUUUUACGUGGUCAUUUUUACUACUUUGUUACUGUAACAUUUCUCAGUUCAGUUCUAAAGCCUGAUCUGUGUAGGUGUGCCUUCAAGUCAGUAUUGAUUCUUGGCAAUUGCCUGGACAAAUCCUGACAGUUUUCCUUAGCAAGUUUUCUGAAAUGUUUUGCCAUUUCCUGCGUUCCAGGGUUGAGAGGGAGUGACUGACCCAGGGUCACCCAGCUGGCUGUGUGGCAAGGCUGAACUAGAAUUCCCAGUUUUCCAGUUUUUAGCCUGAUGCCACCUGGUGCCUUAACCACUACCCCAAACUGGCUCUCAGACGUAUAUGAUACAGUAUAUUCACCAGAUAUCCCUUGUAUAACCAGAUUUGUUUGCUGGAAAGGCAGUACAGAGAACAGUUUCUGUGAAUGACAAGAUGUCCAUUUCAAUUCAGGUUGAUUGUUUCACAUAGGUAUCAGUUUCAGUUACAAAACAUGAGGGUAGUUUGAGAUUAAUUGGAAAGCGAUAAUCUGCCCAGUUCUGACAUAAUGAGGAAAGCAUUUUUAAUAUGAAGCAUACCUGACAUGUAGAAUUCAUUGUAACAAAAUGUGGCAAUGAAUAUUGGCUUGGAGAUUUUCAAGACAGAUUCAGGGAGCAGAGCCACAAUAGCAGUGGAAAACACCACUAUUUAAUGACACUAAUUAUCAGUUGCUAAAAUAUGGAAAACAUUUACCUUCAAGUUCUUAUGUGGGCCUCCAAAGGGUUUUUGUCUGAUUGACUGAACAUUUAUUUUCUUAGACUACAUUGUUUUUAUCAGUCCUAGAAACCAAGAGAUCCUUUAAAAGUCAUCAAAGCAUCCUUAAGUAAUUCUUGGAAAAUGUUUUGAUGAAGUUUCCAGAUGCACCAAGAAAAGAACAAGCGAGUGUUCUUCUAGUUUUACAAAGGUUUACAAGUAGGUGGAGAACAAGAUGUGCAUUCUAUCCCUCUCCUUAUUCUCUCAAAUGUCUAACAUUCAGCUUUGGGGUCUUAUGAAAGGUUGGACUUGUAUUUGCUUUGAAGACAAGCACAAGCCUGGAUGUAUAGAGCACUGUACUUCAGUUCAGCUAGUUGAAAAUGGAACCCCUUCUCAGAUUUUCCAGCUGAACAUGUGGAAGUUGCAAGGCUGGGUACAUAACCCUCUUUUCUAGCUAUUUUCAAGCCCUUAUGCAUUCAAGCAAAUACAUGAAGAGCUUUUAUAAGUCACUGGCUUUAGAAGUUUUGUUCUACUGCUAUAACAAUCUAUGCAUGAUUGCAGUUUUGAGUAAGCCCAUUGACUUCAAAAGGAAUUAUAAUUCCAAAUUUAUGGUUUCCUAGCAAAAUAUUUCCAGGUGAAGGUAUAAUAAAACCAUUUAAAUAUAACAGAUAUGCAGAAACAUCACAAUUUCUUUUCUAAGGGUAUUUAUAAUUAGAGCUGUGCAGUCUUUUGGAUUUAAGUCCAAAGAGCUGUUUCAAGCAAGUUUGCAAAUGGAGCAGUUACUGGCAACUCUAAAGCAGUCAUGUUUUUCCACAGAUCCACUGCAGAGAACAGAAGCAUGAUCCUGGGGAAAGAUAUCUGACUCUAAAAAAACUCAGAUAGAGACUACAUUAUUCAAAGCGUCUCUUCUAAUAUUGCAUUGCUCUAUGUAUCACUUCUGGCAUAGGUUCUCAACACUUAUUACUAACUCCUCUGUGCUACUAUCGGAAGCCUGACAUAUAGAAACUGGGGAAGUUAAGCUUUUCCAGGCAUGAAGAAUGAGGUUGUCUGUUUAAAGUAAGGGUGUCAAACUUGCGGCCCACAGUCCGGAUGGGUCAUAUGCUGGUCACCCCCACCCCCAAUUUAGCAAA